GUAGCUUGGAAUUGGCAAAAAAAUCUAAGCAAGACCUGCAGGAAAAAUUGUCCCAGAUCAAUUGGGAUCCGAAUAGAGAUGAGAAUAUACUACGGGAAAGGACCGUCGAACAGAAUGCAAUUCAGGAGCUCACAGAGAAAUGUGAAUCUUUGGCAACUGAAUUUACAAAUUUGCAGUUCACAUAUUCCAAUCCCGUUCCCAAUUUCGAUCGAAAUCAAGUCAAGGGGCUGAUUGCCGAGUUAGUGACCUUAAGUCCUCAAUAUGCGCAGUGUUCCACGGCUUUAGAAAUUUGUGCUGGUGGACGAUUAUAUAAUGUCGUAGUGGAGAAUGAAAAGGUUGGAGCUCAACUUCUUGAUAAAGGAAAAUUAAAGAAACGUGUUACGAUUAUCCCUUUGAAUAAAAUUAAAUCGUCGAGAGUGUCUGCUGAGAAAGUUGCAACAGCACAAAACAUUGCGCCCGGAAAAGUGCAUUUGGCGUUGACAUUAAUUGGAUAUGAACCGGAAGUUACUGCCGCAAUGGAUUAUGUGUUUGGCGGUACAUUGAUCUGUUCCGAUGCCGACACCGCCAACAAAAUAACUUUUAAUAAGCGAGUCUUGACGAAGUCUGUCACGUUGGAUGGUGAUGUUUACGAUCCUUCCGGAACUCUUCAAGGUG